UUGGGAAAAGUUGUGUGUGUUGUGUGAAUGUAGUGUGGUGUGGAUAGAAGAGGAUCUGUCUUUAGAGAGCAUGCUGAACUACUCUCUGGUAUAGAUGAGACAAUAGGGAAACGGUUAGUGAGGUAAUGGGAAGGGUCUUUGGAGGGCUUCAGCACCCUCCUCACUUCCCAUGUGAGUGGGAGCCACCGGGAGUGGCUUGCGCCCGUUCGGUAGGUGUCUUCCUACCUACUCCAAUUUGGCCUCUGGAAAUAGUUGAUGUGAUCUUCUAUGUGGCCUUGGGAAAUAUCGUAGUAGGAGCCCGAUACGUUUAAGAAUAUGGAUCUCUAGAAGCCUUCGGACCUUAGAUGAAUGCCUCUUCCCCUCCCCCAAAGGUCCUGCCUCCUGAGGGUAUCAAGGUGAUCCAGGUCCUCCAACACGCGCACCUCCUCGGCAAGGCACUGACCCUGAGACACAUCCGUGGCCACAGAGAACUGCCCAUCAUUGCCCAGGAUUUAAAUUAUGACUUCAACUACCAGAUAUCCAGGAGACUGAAGAAGGAAGUGACUGUGCUGCCCGGAGACUCCUUCAUUCAAGAGUGCCUGUAUGACUCUAAGGGCAGAACGGACCCAACCUUUGGCGGCCUUGACUCCGGGGAUGAGAUGUGCCAGUCCUUCCUGCUGUAUUACCCCAAGAUGCCCCUGACUUACUGCGCGUCACACCCCGCCCUGGGGAACAUCUACCGGCCACUCGGGGUGAAGAACAUCCAGACACUGAAUAAGGAAGUGAAUGAGGAGGGCGAGAGGAAGCUGGUUGAGGCACUCUUGGAGAAGAAGGAGAGGCCCGCUAUAAAGGAGUACGAUUUUGGAAUGAUCUACAAGAGUAUGGCAGUCCAUGAACCCAGCUCAUUAAGUAACAAGACCUUGUACGACAUUUUCCACGAUAAGAAGACAUGGAGAGACAUGGGCAGGAUGCGGACUCUGCAAAAACUAACUGAAUAUGGCACUCAUCGCAUGAUGUGUCGUAUUAAUGGCAAAGGACAGUUUCAUGACUAUGAGUACCCACACUUCACCUCAAUCAAAACGCUGGACAGUGAAUGUUCAGAAGCCCACGAAUCUCUAGUCUACCAUCUCGUACCCUCAGAGGUGCCAAAGGGAGGUUCGUCCAGCCACGCCCUGCAGCCAGCCAUCCCUCAUUCUCUGCUGCUCGGCUCUGUGUCUCUCUUGUUCGUUCUCCUCAAGUAAAGAUUAUUGGCCCCGAGGAACAACCUCCUGGAUCUUCUACUGAAUACGUAUAAUCUA